AUGGAUUGCAGGUGCCUGGAUGGUGUGACUCUUUGCUACAUCACUCCGGAAGGCCGAGCUUAUUCUCCGAGACUAAAUGGCACGAUAGAUGCUUUAAUGAAGAUUGCUAAAUUUGAAGGAAUAACAUCAUGGUGGAAAGGUCUCUCACCAACAUUGUUGAUGGCUGUUCCUGCUACAGUCAUUUAUUAUACAUUCUACGACCAACUGAAGGUCACUUUGGGAUUUAAGUCACAACAAACUAACUUUCUAGCACCUGCGAUUGCAGGAUCCAUUUCAAGGACUGUUGCUGUAGCCUGCGUUACUCCACUGGAGCUUUUACGUACCAAGAUUCAGUCACAACAACACUAUCGCUAUCAUCAACUGUGGCGUGUAAUACAUGCCUCUAUUCACAAUGAUGGUCUCUUGAGCCUUUGGAGAGGGCUCUUUCCAACAUUACUACGUGACGUACCCUUCUCUGUUUUUUACUGGAUUAGCUAUGAAUUUCUAAAACAUGAAAUGGGCUCUCUUCAGCAUUUCCACAACUCACAACUUGUACCUCUAAUAGCUGGUGCAAUUUCUGGAGCAACAGCAGCACUGGUGACAAAUCCACUCGAUGUUGUAAAAACCCAUAUUCAAGUGAGCCUAGGCACAAGACGCCUUUCACUGUUAGAAGUUGUAAGGGAUGUUGUUUCAGAACAUGGAAUUUCUGGACUCUACACUGGCCUUGUACCGCGCAUAGCUAAAAUUGCUCCUGCUUGCGCAAUUAUGAUUUCAACAUAUGAAUCAUUCAAGAUAUACUUCACAGAGAAAAACAGGGAAAAAACACUGCAAUGA